GAGGUGGAGAGUUAGCCAUGCAGAUACUUUGGGGAAAUCAUAGGGAAGAGCUAGUGCAGAAGCCCUAAAACUGGAGCAUAUCUAGAGUCUUUGGGAAACAGCAAGUGUGUGUUUGGAGCAAGGUGAGAAGAGUAGCAGAGGAGAUCAGAGAGAUGGAGGAAAGGAGAACAUUGAUUUUACUCUUAAUGAAAUGGAAACUAUUGUAGGGUUUUGAGCAGAGGAGUAACAUGAUCUAACUUGUUUUUUAAAAGGCUCACUCUGGCUGCUGUAUGAGAAUGUAGAGGGCAAUGGUUGCAGCUGAGAGACCAGUUAGAAGACUAUUACAUAAUCCAGUAGUAGAAGUCCUCUUUCGAGAGCUGGCAAUUCAUUUUUCGUCUCUAAACCUCUGAACAAGUAGAGAGAUGGAUAUGAAUGUUCUUCAUAGACUGUAAAUGCUUAAAAGGAAAGUGUCACCAGCAUCAUUGUCUUCCUUUGCUGAUGGGUCUGUGAACUGAUAAGUAACGAAAGCUGGUAGUAUGCCCUUCUAGUGAAAAUAGAUGACAGUCCUCACAUUACCAAAUGGGAAGCAAGAAGCUCCCUCCUCCUGCAGACCCACUUCACUGAGCAAACCUUAUUCCUGACAUCCACAACAGAAAGGAAAGAAAAAAGCAUCUCUAGGACUGUUGGGUGAGUCCUUGCAAGAAGUGAUAUUCACAUCCAAUAACAUGGCAUGGAGACAUUGUGCAGAGCUUGCUGACUGGAAUGUAUUCUUAGUGUUCCUUGCCUGAAGCUGGAAAUACGGGCUCCCGGUUCUGCUACUUACAAGGGCAUAGGACACCAUGAAGCUGCUGCCUGUCUUGGAGCCUGGAGACAAGCCGAGGAAAGCAACAUGGUACACCUUGACCCCCCCUGGAGACAGCCCUUGUGCUCGGGUUGGUCAUAGCUGCUCAUAUUUACCCCCAGUUGGUGACGCCAAGAGAGGGAAAGUCUUCAUUGUUGGGGGAGCAGAUCCAAACAGGAGCUUCUCAGAUGUGCAUACCAUGGAUCUGGGUACACACCAGUGGAAUUUAGCCACCUGGGAGGGCCUGUUGCCCCGGUACGAGCAUGCCAGCUUCAUUCCCUCCUGCACACCUGACAGCAUCUGGGUGUUUGGAGGUGCCCACCAAUCAGGAAAUCGAAAUUGUCUACAAGUGCUGAAUCCUGAAACCAGGACCUGGACCACUCCAGAGGUGACCAGCCCCUCACCAUCCCCAAGAACAUUCCACACGUCAUCAGCAGCCAUUGGAAACCAGCUGUAUGUCUUUGGAGGUGGAGAGAGAGGCGCCCAGCCUGUGCAGGAUGUGAAGCUGCACGUGUUUGACGCAAACACUCUGACCUGGUCACAGCCAGAGACACUUGGAAAACCCCCAUCACCCCGGCAUGGUCAUGUGAUGGUGGCAGCAGGAACAAAGCUCUUCAUCCAUGGAGGCUUAGCAGGGGACAAAUUCUAUGAUGAUCUCCAUUGCAUUGAUAUAAGUGACAUGAAGUGGCAGAAGCUAAGUCCCACUGGGGCUGCUCCCACAGGCUGUGCUGCCCAUUCAGCUGUGGCUGUGGGGAAACAUGUGUAUAUCUUUGGAGGACUGGCUCCUACAGGAGCACUGGACACAAUGUACCAAUAUCACACAGAAAAGCAGCAUUGGACCUUGCUUAAAUUUGAUACUUUUCUACCCCCUGGACGAUUGGAUCAUUCCAUGUGUAUCAUUCCAUGGCCAGUGACAUCUUCUGAGGAAGAAGAUUCAAAUUCUGUCCCUCUAAACUGUGAAGUUCAGAAAGAGGAUUUUGCUGACAAAGGAGUGAUCCAAGUUGAUGACUCACAGGAAAGUCAGGCUGACAUACUGCUCUGUUUUGUGUUUGGUGGCAUGAAUACAGAAGGAGAGAUCUAUGAUGAUUGUAUUGUGACUGUAGUUGACUAAUAAAACCUAUGUUUUAUUAC